GACAGUUGCAAGUCACCGGCAAUUCUGUGGUCACUUCAGUUUCCUGUAAGUUCCAAAGAGGAUAAGGACAUCCUCUGCGGUCCGAAUCACAUUCUAUUAUCAUAUAUUUGCUGAAUUUUAGAACAGGAAAUGCUAUUCAAUUCUCUACUUUUCUCUCCGAAGUCCAUCCCUUUUUCCCUGAAGACAACCAUACGUGGUCCAGAGGGAGUUGCCAUUUUCAACAAGCCUGAUGACUCCCAAAGAUAUUUAUCUUGUUCAAAACAAUUGCAGAGUGAUGCAGGACACAGGCAUUUUGUGUUAGUCCAUGGAGCCUGUCAUGGAGCCUGGUGCUGGUACAAAGUUUCCGCUCUCUUGAAAUCAGCUGGUCAUAGUGUUACUGCUCUGGAUAUGGCUGCUUCUGGCGUGCACCCAAAGCAAAUUCAUGAGCUCCGCUCGUUCUUGGACUACUUUGAGCCCUUGAUGGAGUUCAUGGCGUCUUUGCCACCAGAAGAGAGGGUGGUACUAGUUGGCCACAGCUUGGGUGGUGUUGGCUUAUCUGUCGCCAUGGAAAAGUUCCCUGAGAAAAUUUCUGCUGGAGUCUUUGCUGCCGCAACUAUGGCUGGUCCUGAUUUUGAUUUCAAAACUAUAGCACAAAAGUAUCCUAAAGAAUCAAUUUCCCCCAUGGAUUCAAAGUAUAUCUAUGGCGAUGGACCCAACAACCCUCCAACUGCCACAAUCCUUGGUCCCAAAUUCUUGGCUUCCAAGUACUACCGCUUUUCUCCACCUGAGAAUUUGGUACUGGCAACGCUAUUGGUGCGACCUUCACCUCUUUUCAGUGAUCCAGAAGCAGCUCAUAAUGAAAUAAUAUUUACUAAAGAAAGGCCAAUCCAGCCGAUCCCAAAGCUUUAAUCGGGAAUCAAACUAGUAAUCGGUCUGGUUCAUCUUAACAGCCCUCUUAUUUCAAGAACUGGAAUUGACAUGAGAACUGAAAACAGAGACUUAGAUUUCAAAAGAAAGAGAAAAGUAAGGCACAUUUCAUUGUCAAAUUCUCCAAUACAUCUCUUCUUCUACAAUGACUGGUUCUUAUACCAGAGAUUAUGUAUACAGUUACAACUGCCUAACAGAUACUGUAAUAAACUUGUAGCUCAGCUACAUUCGGUUAUGACAACCAGCUAAUCUUGGCACUAACUCUCUCUAGGAUUUUUGUUGUCUAGACUUGGUCUAUCAUGGACCCAAGACAUAGGGUAUAUGGUGAGACCCACAUGGGUCCCAUAUGUUUGCUUCUUGGGUCCAUGGUAGGUAAGAAUUUCCCUUUCUCUAGCUCUUGUAACUGCUACCAGAAAUCCCUUAUGGCAUUGUUUGCUCUUGCUGGCUUAAACACGUGUUUUAUUAAGGCCUAUCCGCUUCAUGCCAUCUCCUACACUGCAUUUCAGUAACCAAUUCAUGUUUGCAUCAAUACCUCAGGCUUCAAAGGUACCUUGUCUUCAAGGAACUCUAGAAAACACAAUUGCAGCUUACUAGCGAACUCCCAUGUUGCUUCAGCUGGAGACAUACCUUGCCAAUGAACAAGAAAUUGAUAGAUCGUUUUGAGAAAUUACGGAGAAUCCAAACGGAAAACAGUAGAGGAAACAGAGAAAAUUCCUUAGAGUGAGAAGAAACAAGUCACAUGCUUAGCUUCUUCAUUGACAUGAACGUAUUUUCUUUCUCUGACUUUGCCCAAUUUCAUACUCAUUCUCCUUGAGCAUUAUGUGAUUACAGGACUGCAGCUCCAAGACGCUACCCCUAAGAUUCCAGCUCCCUCGUUUUUGUAUUAUUUCUUCAAAAAGUUUCAAAGCUUCUCCUUGCAAUGCUUCCUAAGCUUGAACGAUGACAGAUCAUUUAGAUUCCCACCAGCCUUCGAAUCUGUGUCAUUUUCUCUGAUUAUAAUGUCAUCGUUCUCCUACAUUUGUUCCUCAAACUCUUCAGAAGAUGUCUUCACUAAACAGCACUUCAGCAAAUUGUCCAUGUUUUGGAAUAUUAGUAAUAUGUUCUAGCUGCACGGUAUGGCCAGAAUCCUCACUAACCAAACUACCAAAACUUCUUCAGAUUUUUUAACUUUAUAUUAUUCUGCAUGCAUUGCAUGCCCGGAAACCUUGCUUAUGUUAUUGUUGUCCAAGAGACCCUAAUCAGAUAUUAUUAUUACUUGAUCAUGUUUCCUCUUCCCUUUCAAAUUGCCAGCCAUGUUUCCAACUUUUAUAUUUGCUUCUGCAGCUUUCACGUCUAUUCAAGGCUAUAAAUUCACUUAUGUCCAACUCCGACCCAGACUUCUCUUCUUGAUUGUAAAGUUCAACUACCUUCACUGUGGCCCCAUCAGAUGUCUUAUCAAGGCCUCUAAAAUCAAUAGAUGAUGAUUUACCCUAAUCAUCAAUACAUUGUAGUUGGGCUUCUCGAUGAUGCUCCUGUUCUAAUAUCAUUGCUGCAUUCUUUUCCUUCAUUCUUGAAAACAAGUUUCCUCUACCAUGGCUGAGGAUCACAGCUCUGAUCCCAAAUAACGUAAACUAAAGGCAAAAAUGAAUUAAAGGAAGAGAGGAACUGAAAACAGAGACUCAGAUUUCAUAAGAAAGAGAAAAGGAUGGCACAUUUCAUUAUCAAAUUCUCGCAUGCAUCUCUUCUUCCACAAUAACUUAUUCUUAUACCUGUGUUACCACUUUGUCAUCCUUGCACAGGAUUUAAAUUAACUCUCUUCACUAAUCCAUAGUUUUCACUGGACAACGUUUUGGCCUUUUGAUAAAUCUGGUAUGAUUGUGGCCGGCUCGACGUCCUUCAGAUAUGUAUUAUACAAAGUCAUUAAAAUACAACUAAUGCAAAUAUACACUAUUAUAUGUAUCAUGUUAUUAUUAGGAAUUCAAUAGGUUAUGCAGGUAUCGAAAACGGUGAAUUUAGUAAUUUAAUUUUUUUUAUUAUAAGAUAAAUUUAAAUG